AUGGAAAGUUCAAAGAUUCAAGCUAAUUUUUUACUGGCUGGAGAAAAAGGUUCUGAGGGCUAGAAGAUUCUCACAGUUUAAGUGAAUAGAAAUAUACUUGCCAAGAUAGAUGAGUUCUACUCAAUUUUCAAUUCAGCAUUCUUGACCAAAGUGACAAACUCAGCUGAAACUAACCAACUUUGGUUUGAUUUCAGAGAUGUUUAUGCUGAUCACAAAGAUAUCGAAAAUGAUGUUGAAAUUUUGUUGGCCUUCAUCAAUAAGUACGAAGUGCAGGUUGAUAGGCAAGCCAAGGUUUUCACUGGGGUAGAAAGUUUCAAUAGAUUCAAGAAACUUGCAGAACUUUUGACUAUGCAUAAGAGCUUAAACUUUGUAGAGAUAAAAAAAGAAGUUUUCAAGCAACAUCCAGUUCUAUUGCUCUGUGAUAUUGGCGGUUCUAUUUUGUAUAGAUGCAGUGAAAGAUUAGCUGAUCUUGAUAGAAAAGUUGACUUCUAAAUCAAGAAGCAUAUACAUUACUAUAGACCUCACAAAGAUGAGUUUUUAGCAGCUUUGAUAACUCAUCCAAGAGUAAAGUUUGGAAUUUACUCCUCAAUUAUGAGAAAGAACAUCAUGCCUCUUAUGAUGAAGAUUUUUGAGUCAAGAGAGAUCAAGAAUUUAAGAAACGGCAUUUAUGAAAUAUUUGAUCAGGAGUACAACAUGCCAGACCUUGGAGAGGGCAAAGAACAUUGGGCUACUAAGAGGUCUCUUGAAAAGGUCUUCUAGAAUGAGAAAAUCGAAGAGAGAGGCUUUAACUUUAAAAAUACUCUCAUGAUAGACUCCGAAUAUGAUAAAGUCAGGGAUUAUCCUUUCAAUUCUAUUGUUAUAGAACCAUACUCAGAAGAAGCUUUAAGAAACCCAGCUGAUGAUCAAAGCAAGAAUAUUUUGAUAGAAGUUAAAGACUUUGUCUAUAAUCUAUUGGAAAAUACUGACGAUGUCCCAGAGUACCUUAAAGUUCAUACUAAAUACGGUCAUGAAAAUUACUUAAUAGAGAAGAAGAGCAAGCUUUAAAGUAAAGUUGUAGACACAGAAGAAAAUAAAGGUUUGGAUAAAGAGUUGAAAUAGCUCCAAGAGAUUCAAGAGCUUAUCAAACAAACAGAAGAUAAACUAAAUCUUUAAGAAUGA